AUGUCUAACCAACAAACAUCAACCCAUAAAAAACACAAUACUUCUGCUUCGUCAUCCUCUUCUUCUUACGCAAGUAAUACAGGUGGAUAUAAAGCCACUUCUCAUACUUCGGGAGAAGGCCGGGGUGGAUUUAGAGCACAAAGAAGCGGAAGCUAUGUUGCAAGUGGAAGAAGCGGCGGAGGCCAACAUCAAAGAGGAGGAGGCCAAGGUAGUAGAGGAGGAAGAGGUAGAGGAGGAGGCUCCCAUCACCAUCAUCGGCCUCCUACCACUGAAGGCUCUACCUAUCAUACACACUCAAACACUACUAUGGCGAAUCCAACAGAAGAUGUUGCUUCAUCGAAUACGACCACCUCUAAUAAUAUUCCAUCGUCAACAAGCACUCUAUCGACUCACCAACCACAUCAUCACCAUCACCCUCCUCACCAUCAUCAACAGCAAUUACCAUCGAUACGAAAUUCUGAUUUAGCAGCAACCAUUGGAAGAACGUCGAGUGCUCCUCCUACAACAGGUGAUCACAAUACCACAACCCAGCAUCCAACACGAAUUCCAGAGCACAAGGCACACAAGAUACAUCCACCUCAACCUCAACCUCAACCACAUGUUUAUACUAAUACCUCUGUCAUGAUGGUUCCAGCCGGAUAUGGGUACUACUCAAGUCAACCUUAUUAUUAUCCUCAACAGCGUUCGUCUGGCUCAUCAGAAAUUGUAAAGCCACAGAGCUCAAAAAUCACCAUAGUAGAUCCUAACUCAGGUUCAGUGGUUGACCUUAAGGAGGAAAAAACUACUGCCACUUCCGACAAUACUAGCUCCUCAACAACAGCAACCUCCACAUCAACAACAAUCGCGGACACAACAAAACAACAACCACCAUCAACAACAGCAUCGAAGGAUGAGGUUAUGAAACCAGUGGAGCCAUCUGCUGUAGAAGCAACAACAGGUAAAAAGGAGGAAACAAUUGAGCAAACGCCUGCCCAAUCUGAACCUGUAAAACUUGAGGAACCAGCUGAAAGUAAACCCGAAAUAACAACAGCAUCACAAGAUAAUGUUGGAAACGCAGAAAAUAGAACUGAACAAGUAUCUGACCAAAAAGUAUUAGAGCCACAAACUCCAACGUCUGAAUACGGUGAACAAACACCAACUGCAGAAGACUCUUCAGCAACUUUUGAAAGCUCUCAAGACAAAAUUGACGAGGAUAAAGUUGUGAAAGAAGAUCCAAAUGAAAUCGAAGGGUUCGAGGACUCAGAGGAAGAGCCUGAAGAUGAAGAAUCUGACAAAACAAAGAUUUAUUCAAGAGACCAACUUCUUCGUUUCAAGGAUAGUUGUACAGAACCUCCUGAAAAGUUAAAAUCUCUUGAGAUUUUCCAAUCAAGCUUGAAGUCGACAGGCGGUGCAGCUAGGGGUGGUAGAGGAGCUACUCUUCCAGGUGCUCGACCAGGAUUCAAUAUUUCUAGAGGUGGUGGUAGAGGAGCACAAAGAGGUGGAACACCUGGUGCACCAACUAGAGGCAGAGGAGGUAAAGACGUAAAACAAACUACAAGAAGAGCGCCUGAAAAGCUUCAAAAAUCUCAAAAUGCCCUGAAGCUAGCAAAGGAUAAAUCAAAAGAAGAGAUGAUUGUGGAUGAAGUUAAAUUCAUUCUUAACAGAUUGACUCCAGAGAAUUAUGACAAGCUUAAAGUUGAGUUUUUGGGAGCAUGUAGAAGCAAGCCUGGUGAUGAAGAGGUUUUGAACGCUAUUAUUGAUCAAAUUUUCAGUUAUGCAAUUAGUCUUCAAAACUUUUCUGCUCUUUAUGCCAGACUUUGUGCCGACUUGAGCACUGAACUCAAAGAGAAGAUUGGAGAGGAGAAUACAAAGCAAUUCAAGAGAUUGCUACUCAAUAAGUGUCAAAGAGAAUUUGAGAAAGAAAAGGAAGAAGAGCUUAAAAACGCUUCGGAAAAGUUAUCUCCAGAGGAGCUAGAGGAAAAAGAGUUUUUGUUGAGAAAGAAGAAGGUUGGAAAUGUGAUCUUCAUCGGAGAGCUUUAUUUACAAGAAAUGCUCAGCGAAAAAAUUAUGCAUGAGGUUAUCAAGAGACUAUUGAUUAACCCCACUCCUCAUCCUUCUUCUGACGAUAUUGAGCUUUUAUGCAAAUUGUUGACAACAAUUGGAAAGAAGUUAGAUCAUGAAAAAUCGAAGAAGUAUGUCAAUUUUUAUUUUGCAAGAAUGGAAACGCUUUCACAAGAGCCAACUAUAGCCUCAAGACUUAGAUUUAUGCUGAGGGAUGUUAUUGAAAUGAGACUUAAUGAUUGGGUGGCAAGAAUUGAAAAAACAAAGGCAACAAAGACAAGACAAGAGGCAAGAGAGGAAGCUGUUAAGCAACAAAUGGAUCAAAUUAAAAAGCUUGAAAAACAUCACCACCUCAGGAAGCCAAACAACAAACCAAAAGCAUCCUAUGUAACAAAGCAAUCUGGAGCCCUCCAAGCUGAGAGAUAUAGAAAGAUGGAUUCUAAGAAAACUCUUGCACCAGGAGGUGGUAUUGUUAAACAAGCUCCAGCAUCUACACAAGGCAAGACUGACGCAAACACCUUUGCCCUUCUUGAAGAAGAAGAAAAGGAAGAAGAAAUUAGCGAAGAGGAGCCUGUAGAAGACACUCAACAAGUUGCAUCUGAAGUAGAGGAGGAAGAAGAAACCGAAGAGCAAAUUAGUACAAUUACAGAAAGAACAAAGAAGUUGAUGUCAUGCUACUUUGAAGAAGGAGAAAUUGAUGAAACAUUGGAGACAAUUGAGAAAGAGAACUUGCACAAAACUAAAUACUUUAUUCGUGGUGUUGCAUUUGCCGCAUGUGAAAACAGCAAAGAAAAUGAAAUUAGUGACACGGUAAAAUUGUUGAAGAAACUCAAAGAAGGCCCAAUAACUGUGGUUGAUGAUAUUCUCAUUUACGGAUUUAUUAGAUACUUUACACAGAUUGUUGAAGAAAGUUUAUACAUUGACAUACCAGAACUUUUUCAAUAUAGCGGCAAGUUUUUGGGAAGACUCAUUUUCGAAAAAGUACUGUCAUUUAGCAAUCUGUACGACGUGUUGUUGACCGUCGUGCUUGAUGAAGAGAAUCCAUUGCAAGAAUCACACGUUUUUGAGGUGCUCGAACACUUAUACGAUACUAUUUGUUCUGAAUGUGAAUUUAAUGACAAUUUGAAAAAACCAGUACAGCAUUAUCAAGAAGAGCUUGAGAACCACUUAGUUUUGGCAGAGAUUGAGGAGGGAAAGCAUCUUGUAAACAAUUCUAUGGAUCUGAUGGACAUAUUCAAGCCUAAUGGGGAAUCAUAUGCAAAACUGUGCUCAUUUAUCGAAGAAAAAUGUUAUGGAUGCUUUGAACCAUCUAUUUAUUACAACAAGUGCAUUAAUGAAAGGGAAAAGUCUCAACUAUCUGACUUCAUUGCCGUUCUAUCAGAUGAACAAAUAUUAUCAGGAAUUUUACAUGCUAAAUGCCAUGAAGAUCCUGUCUCAAAUGUUGAAGAGUUUAAAGAAAUUUUGUUGGAGGAAGUACGAGAAAAGCUAGAGGAGGGCUAUGAAGUAUCAUUGAUUGGCACUGCUCAACAUGCAUGCUGUACACGUGCAAAGUUUGACAGGUUAAAACCUCUAUUGAACCUGUUAGUGGAAAUGAAGCUUUUGAAUCCAUCUCAUGUUUCACAAUACAUUUCCGGAGACUUGCAAAUUGAUCAACCAGGAUAUGAGCAAGUGAAACCUUUUUUGCAAUAA